UCUAGAGAAGCUAGAUGAGACACAAUCUUGAGAUCCAUAUUAUAGGGUAUUUAGGGAAGUCGAAUUUAAUAAUGUUACUUUCAACACCAUCCGAAGUCAUAUUCAUGGUCAAAAUUAUUUUUUUUAAUUAAAUUACAGAAUUUUAAUUAAGGGGCUGCAGAGAAGAUCCAAUAUUUUGACUAAAUCAGUACUGUGUUCAAAAAUAAGAACCCAAAAAGUGAAAUGAACUGUUGAAAAUAAAAGAACUGCUUGGCCACGGUGCCAUAUUAAACGCGAGACAGUUAUUGCGAUAUAUAAUAGCUUUCUGAGCGUAAUUUCCUUUGCACGAGCUGUGUUUAUGUGCUGUGUCGUUUUCGCUGCCUCAGUCCAGAGCAUUUGUCUCACUUUUGGAGCCGUUAUAGUUCAAGUAAUUUGCUACAACUAUAUUGUAUUCGACAAUAAACCAGAUUUGUAGGAAAACAACAAAAUGUUCAAAAUUACUACACAAAAGAAAGGCCUACUGGAAAGGCUAAAAGAAGGUCCUGUUGUGGGCGAUGGUAGCAUGUGUAUGACUUUGGAGAAGCGAGGUUACUGUAGAGCAGGCCAAUGGACACCUGAAGCUGUACUGGAAUAUCCCGACGCAGUAAAGCAACUCCUACGAGAAUACUUGCGCGCUGGUGCAGAUGUUCUGCAAACUCCUUGCUACGCGUCUAGCGAUGGACGACUCAAAAGAGGCAAUAUAAUUUACACGACUUCGGAAAUAAAUGAAGCAGCAUGCGAAAUUGCCCAUGAAAUUGCGCAAGAAGGGAAUGCACUGGUUUGUGGAGGCUUGACACCAGUUGUGUCUUAUUCCAAAGGAAAGGAUGAGACGAUUGUAAAAGGUGAAUUCGAAGGCCAACUAGCAGGAUUUAUCAAAAGGAAAGACAUUAUUGACUUUAUAUUGGCUGAGUUCUUUGGUCAUGUUGAAGAACUUGAAAUAUGCGUUGACGUGAUGAAAAAAGCAAAACUGCCGAUUGCAUGCACAAUGAAACUUGGUCCCAUUGGAGAUUUAAACGGUGUUUCUGUUGAAGAAUGUGCCGUGAGAAUGGCUAAAACUGGAGCUGUCCUCAUAGGAAUAAACUGCCUGUUCGAUCUCGAUACCUGUCUAAAAACAUUGAAACGGAUGAGAGAUGCCUUGGACAAAGAAGGUUUGAAAACACCUCUCAUGUGUCAACCGUUGGGAUGGAGGUGCCCAGAAACUGCCAACAUGAAAAAGGGCUACCUUAUGCUGCCAGAGUUCCCAUUUGCUUUAGAGUCACGCCAGGUAACUAGAUUUGAGGUUCAUAAGUUUGCACGGGAGGCUUAUAACUUGGGGGCGCAUUAUAUUGGAGGUUGUUGUGGAAUGGAACCGCAUCAUAUUAGAGCUAUUGCACAGGAGCUUGCCGCCGAAAGGAAACUAGAUCCACCAGUUCAAGGCACAUGUCCUCCACUUGGCUAUUUACAUAAUGCGCUAUCUCUGAGGAAAGAAAAGUUAAAAAAGGAAUUCUGGAUGAGUCUUAAGGCUGGUAGUGGUGCACCGUUUAAUGCUGCAUGCGUCGAACCAUAUGCAACAAAUUCUGAUAAAUAGUUUAUUUUAUUAUUACAUUUGAAUCGUGUAGACCUAUACAUAUGUGGGUGGGGUAAGAUAGUUCACCUUUUCAUUCCAUUUUUUCGUCCCAUUUGAUAGUAAAUAAAGAACUGUAACGACCGACGUGUGAAAGCGAUAGACUUAACUUUAAUUCACCCAAAAUUUACCGAGUGCUUUAGAAUGACUAAUAUUUCAUGCUUGUACAGUUAACAUAUACUGUGUAUCAAAUAUUCUGUUUACUUCUUAAUUGGUAAGCUCUGUCACAAUUUCCUGUUCGUGUGUGUAUGUUUUAUAAGGCUUGCUUGCAUCCUGGCUUGUUUGCCCUCUCUACGACGUAUAUAGUCACUUCAUCGUUGUCUGGACAAAAUACUCUGUUGAGUUGUGUGCUAGUCAAUCGAUCGUUUAGACAAGGUUCAGGAUUGAGUCUUAUGCUACGCGUAGACAUAGAGAGUAACAACAUUUAUGACCACUCCUACAGAACAUUUAAUUAAAGAAUUAUAAAACUGUAUCUCCACGGCUUCCAUAAACCGUUGUUGAUUGUGUGACGUAUUGUUUCUUUUGGCGUUAAAUGUUUGUGAUUUUUAGUUUGCUGUGGCGUUCUUUUGCAUUGUUUUUAAUUUUACUUCCGUUGUUAAGUUUGAUUUUUGUGUUGGGUUGAUACGUCCCGCGCUUAUUUUGCCUUCAAGCGUUUUUUUCCCGUUUCGCUUACACCUGCCUUAGUAUUGAAUAAGAUCAGCAGUUCUCGUUGUGCGUAUCGUUAAACGUUGGUGCAUUUGGUCACCGUGGUUAGAACGUUGGUGCAUUCGAGCAUUAUCCUUACUGGUCUUAUAGUUUUAAUACAGUACUUUUUAUAAUAUACGUUAAUAAAAUGUUAAGAAAUUUACAGCACCGUUUGAGCAGCGUCCCGGACCACACACUUUACGUCACAAUUUUUUAAAACAAGAUCAGGAUAUUACGUGCUGAAAGUGUCUCGUCUUCCACCCUAAUAUAUGUAUUUUUCUGUGUUCAUUGCAUGCAGGGUAAUACCAACUUUAAAACUGCUGUACAUAGCAAUACAUGUUUAACUAAGCCGUACCUUAAAUGCAACUGUGUAGUGCUGCGGUUUAAAUAAGAACAAAAACAAAAUUUUAAUUCAUUGAAAAUGAGCCACGCUUUCCACACAAAAGUUGGGAGUACUACUUUUACACGACCGAUUAGUGGUUCCAUGUUGUUUUGAAAUAAGUAUAUACUAUACUUUUGCGCAAAACAAAUCGAACGAUUUAACCUACUGCCAAGGUU